CAGUCAGAGACACUCUCUUAUAGUGAACUCACUUUUCAUUCAAUAUUCAAUACAAAUUCAGUUUUAGUCAAACCACUCGUUAUAGUGAACACAAUUGUGUUAACCAUUUGUCUGUGCCUUUAAUCUUAACGUCAAGUCUAUUAUUAUAUAAUAUAUAAUCACAACAAAACCAAUUGCAAAGUCUGUCCCCAAAAGCCAAGUCUUUCAUCACUAAUAAAAGUAAACAAAAUCCACAGGAAAUAUACACCAAAUCAGUUGCCAUCAAAGCCGUAGACCAAAGUCAUCGACAGUAAUAACAAUGAGUCUUAAGGAAAGUCUAUUCAAGUCGACGAAAGAGAAGACAUUCGCCAACGAAGAGUCGUUGCCAUCACUACCGGUGCCCACACUUCGGCCAACACUGGACUGUUAUCUGGACUCAGUUCGCGCCAUCGCUGGUGACCAACAGUACGAGACAUCGGCGGAGAUGUGUCGCCGAUUCGAGGCCGGCGUCGGACUAACGCUUCAACACAUGUUUGAGAAACGGACACAAAAUAGCAAGAAUUGGUUAACCAAUUGGUGGUUAGAUUAUGCAUAUCUCAUGCAAAGGUCGCCAUUGAUUCCCUUCUCCAAUAUUAACGGUGUUUUCCCUNGGUGGUUAGAUUAUGCAUAUCUCAUGCAAAGGUCGCCAUUGAUUCCCUUCUCCAAUAUUAACGGUGUUUUCCCUUCAUUUGACUUCUGGCCCCAUAAGAGCGGCACUCGGACCCAAAGGGCCGCCCUCUUCGGACACUACACUCUUGAGUUUCAUCAUAUGUUGCGAAAGGAACAAUUAAGAGUGACUAAAAUCAAAGGCAACAUCUGGUCGAUGGAUCAGUUCAGGUAUUUGUUCAAUACAUGUCGAAUACCCGGCGAAGAAAAGGAUACACUUAUCAAUACGUUUAAAACUGAAAAUGAGGGACCGAUGCCUUCGACCAUAUCUAUAGUGCUGUGCAGAGGAUAUAUCUUUGCCUUUGAUUACAUAGUCGACGGCCAAUAUCUGACGGCACCUGAAAUCGAGACUCAACUCAAU